AUGCGGAAUGCUCGGAGCUCCUUCCCUCACCUGGUCCGGGAGGAACCCAGGAGUCCAGGCCCUCGGGACCCAAGCCCCCUUCUCGAGCCCUUGCCGCUCCGCUUCUCUUCUCCCCGGGAGCCUUAUCAGGCUGCAGAUCUGGGACACAGGGACGCACUCCGGAGGGACUGCCGCCCUUCCAAGUACGCUCGGGGCAGGGCUGGGCCUAAGGAUCUGGUCCGGCAAGAGUCGGGCCCCCUGAUCGCCCCUGGGCGGGAAGAGUCUCCGUGUCUGGGCCCUCAGGGGAUACCGGGCCUCAUGAUGCGGCCGAUCCGCGCCGGCCUGACCCCAAAAGGAGAUGCGGACUUGUCGCAGUACGUGGCAGGAUGGAGGGACCUACACAGGUUCCUAACUCUCCUCGGCUCCAUCUUCGCCUUCGCCACAAGCGAGGCCUUCACCAAGGUGGCAGCCCUCGAGGCUCGGGUGCACCUCUCAGAUGCCGCGCACUACGCGUCCCGGGUGGCCCUGGAGGCGUGGGAGCGGCGCGCGGGCGGGGCUGCUGGAGCGGCCCGGGACCAUCCCCCGGACUCGGCCCGGUCCUCGGGCUCACGAACGUGGCUCUGGCUGCACCGCGCGCUGCGCUGGUCCCAGGUCUGCCACCAGCGGGUGGCGACCGCGACUCUCGGAGGCCCGGACGCCGGCGUGCAGUGCGGCGGCGCCUACCGCACGGUCCUGGCCCCGCACCACCCCCGGCUCAUCCGUCAGGCAGCCCGCCUCGCAUUCCUCGCCUUCCCGGGACGCGGCCGCUGGCUCCAGCUGGAGUGUCCGGGAACCAGAGAGGCGGAGGCGCGGGCCGCCGGGCAUCCUGAGGAUGUCUACGACCGCACCCAGGGACUGCUGGCCGAACGCGAUCUGCUCUAG